GCCGAGGUGAGAGCUCAUGGGUCGGGAGCAACCACCUUCCUUCAGACUACACUCACCAUCUACACCUAAUUUCGAAGCAUGAUACCCCUACAAACAUUCAGGAAACGAUCGCUCGCGGUAUUGUCCGCUCGGAACUCACCACUCAGCGCCCGCCUCUUCUCCGUCUCGACCGCAUUGCAAGAUGCCCCUGCGUCUGACCCCGGAACAACACCAAAGAAACCCCACGGCAUAGACCCCCGAUGGCUGACUAUGACCAAGCGAAGAAUCGGCAGAUGCAUGAUGUUUGGCUUGAAACCGCCGCAGAUUCAAGAAGCCGGGGAUGUAUUGCAGCAAAUUGCAAAUGACUGGCGGGAAUUGGUCGCUGGCAGCGAAGGCUAUCUGACCGAUGAGACGAGAAGGGGUCUAUUCCAGCAAAGCGUCGCGUGGGGAGAGAUGGAUAGCAUGGGACAUGUCAACAACGUGACAUACCCCCGAUAUGCGGAGACAGCACGGGUGUACUAUACCCGCAACUUCGCCAUGCAUAUAGACCCGGCUCAUAAGAAAGAGUGGACUAAUCUUGUCAGCUCGAAGGGCAUCGGCCUCAUUCUCCGAAGCAUCACAAUCGACUACAAAUUUCCCAUGACGUACCCCGAUAAAGUUACGGUGUACCACAAGUUAGUCCAUGACCCGAGCUCCCCUAAAGCACCUCAUCAUGGGUUCCAUCUUCAAGCCAUGAUAAUCUCCGAGGCUCGCCAACGACCUGCUGCCCGUGUUUACGAGGACAUUACCAUGUAUGACUACAAGGCGAAUAAGAAGACGGAACUCCCGCCGUUCGUCUUCGAGCAAUUCAUGUCUACCUGGAAGCUCCAGGAGCAGGCCAAGAAAUUCUGGCAGCAGCGAAUUCUCGAUAUCGAAACGAGGGUUCGCACAUUGGAGACGGAGAGCUGGGACCGGGAGGACGCGGUCGAGGAUACCGGAUCCGCGAAGUAAUGGCACCGCAGCUUGUUCCCGCUUUCAGGCAACUUCGCAUGCCGACAGAACCCAGAUCAGCAGUGUAUGUAGAUGGUCGAUCGUAGAGCAUUCGUAUAGAUCAGCUACAACGCACGUCCUGUAAGCACCGUAUGAGCUGUAAC